GCCUUACUCAUGAUCAAUGCGGUGUCAAAUGGCCAGGUGAGGGGCGACAGCUACAGCGAUGGCUGCUUGGGACAGACAGGUGCCAGAGUUUGGCUCUUCAUCGGGUUCAUGUUGGCGUUCGGGUCUCUCAUCGCCUCUAUGUGGAUUCUGUUCGGUGGUUUUGUUGUGACUGACAAAAAGGAUCUGUCCGUGUAUCCUGGUAUUGCAGUUUUCUUCCAAAAUGCAUUCAUCUUCUUUGGUGGUCUGGUGUUCAAGUUUGGCCGAACUGAGGACCUCUGGCAGUAAAGAUCCAUUUCCUUCAAUCAAAUCCCACAGUCCCAUCAACACACAAUUCCUCUGUACUUAUUGCUGCUUAUUUGCACUCUACAUUUCUUUCUCAUUUCUUUUCCAACUCCUCGGCUGACUUCAGUUCUUAAAUAUGUUCCUUCUUCCUUUCUUUGUCUCGUUUCCUGUGUGGCCACAGUGGGCGCCCACAGCGAGAGAAAUGCGAAUCAAAUCCAGACUCUGCAGUCAAAAUGGACACAUUUAGACCUCAUCCUGUGUGUAUAAUAAAAAUGACUUGUGUUCAAUGGAAUUACAAUGACAAGAUUGCAGAAUAGUGACUUUCAGAUUGGAAGUGCACAACCAAUAUCUUCAGCCUUCAGAAAAGCAUUAUUGAAAUGUUUGUUGAAAUCUUUAAUAAGCAAAAUGAGUAUGACUGGCUUUCAGUCCUUCAGCUUCACUGUGUUUCUACUUUCAAUAAAAGUCUUUUCUUUUUUUGCAUAGGCCCCCGAAUUUGUGUCUUUCAGAACACUUUCAUUCAUAAUCUCUUGAAAUUGUGCGCAGUGUACAGAUUUGAGAACACACUGCUGUAUAAUUGCGCCACAAUCUUCAGUCAGCACUUUAUUCUACGUCUUUUGGAAGAUUUUGAUAUAUUGUUAUUUGGGUUCCCACACUUUUUUUUCCCAGUCAUUCAGUUUUUUUUAAUUAAAAAAAAUAUUUUACACGAACUGCACUGAGCAAAAGCAGUUUUUUUUAGAGCCUAGUAUAAGUAGAAACGUGUAUUCACUGUCAAUAUUUUGAAUUUCUGUGCAACUAGUAAAACCAAACAGCAUAUUUCUCUUGAGUUUUUCUUGACUAUUUUGUGUUCUGGAGCUUUAAGUUCACUCUCGGUGUAUGUUUGGGCAUGUGGGAGUUGUUUAAAAAUGUUAAAUGUUUUUAAAAAGCACAA